AUGAUUCUAGUGUUGCUAACAUUCGUUUGCGUGUUUCAUGGCAAUUUGGUUUUUAGCAAUUCAAAUGAUGAACUUACAAAUGUGGCAUAUUCAAAAUCCGUGAGGUUAAGUUCUUUUGCCUCUAGAUGGCAUAACGGAUUUUAUGCUGUCAAUGGAAUGUUCUCUGACUACAUCCACACAUUAGAGGAGAAAUCCCCUUGGCUGAAGAUAGAUCUUGGAGCAAGGUACCAAAUCCAUGAAAUAGAAGUUUUUGCUAGAUCGGACUGUUGUGGUUAUCAGCUACACGACGUUGACUUUAAAGUUGGUAUGAAAAUACACAAAAUGCAUCUUUGUGGUCACUUCACAGGGGAUGCUUCAACCGGUCAGAGGAUAGUCGUCUUUUGUCCUUCUAACACCACAGGGCGAUAUGUACAGCUUCAGAUCGUGGCGGGAAAUUCGAAUUAUCUGACCCCUGCAGAGGUCCUUGUUUGGGGAAAGCAUGUAUAUUGAUUACAAAAGAUUAUAUUAAAAAUGUGAAAUGCAAUCAUAUGAUAUUAUUAUGAUAAAAGGUAUGC